AUAAAGCUUGCACCAGGAUAUAAAUCCUCUAUAUUACUAAAUACACUGUUCAGUGCAGCUGACAUUUAUUUUUCAUGGCAAGCCUUCCUCGAUGAAGGAGGCAUUGCACGGAUUUGCAUCUCCAAUGGUGCAAUUUCCUUAUGGCAUUGUGUGGUGGCACAUGGCCUAGAACAGCACAUACAUAAGAAAGCAGCAGCAGAAACAGACCUCGGAGCGAGGGGUGAACGUGGAGAAUGUGGUAAACCAGGAAUAAAAGGUGACAAAGGAUUCCCAGGGCCAUAUGGACCAAAGGGACCCAGAGGACUUCAGGGCCUUAGUGGACCUCCAGGCGAUCCAGGCCCAAAGGGAUUUCAAGGCAAUAAGGGUGAACCAGGUCCCCCUGGUCCUUAUGGUCCUCCAGGAGCCCCUGGUAUUGGACAACAAGGUAUUAAGGGAGAACGAGGCCAAGAAGGAAGAACAGGAGCUCCAGGACCCAUUGGAGUUGGUGAGCCUGGACAGCCAGGUCCUCGUGGUUCUGAAGGAGCACCAGGAGAGAGGGGCCUACCUGGAGAAGGAUUUCCGGGACCAAAGGGUGAAAAAGGUUCUGAAGGACCAAUUGGUCCACAAGGAUUACAAGGCCUGUCAAUUAAAGGGGACAAGGGGGAUUUGGGACCUGUGGGGCCCCAAGGACCAGUGGGCAUCCCUGGAAUCGGGAGUCCAGGGGAACAGGGAAUCCAAGGUCCAGUUGGUCCACCUGGUCCACAAGGGCCCCCAGGACUAGGAUUGCCUGGUUCCAAGGGGGAAGCAGGCCAGGUGGGACCUACAGGCCCUAGAGGACCAGUGGGAAUUGGAGUACAAGGUCCAAAGGGGGAGCCAGGCUCAAUAGGGCUCCCAGGACAACCAGGGGUUCCAGGAGAAGAUGGAGCUGCAGGGAAGAAGGGAGAAGCGGGGCUUCCAGGAACAAGAGGCCCAGAAGGACUGCCUGGAAAAGGACAACCUGGCCCCAAGGGCGAUGAAGGAAAGAAAGGAAGCAAAGGAAAUCAAGGACAAAGGGGAUUUCCAGGGCCCGAAGGGUCAAAGGGUGAGCCAGGCAUUAUGGGCCCUUUUGGAAUGCCUGGAGCGUCAAUUCCUGGACCACCUGGGCCAAAGGGAGAUAGAGGAGGACCUGGGAUGCCUGGAUUUAAAGGAGAACCUGGACUUCCUAUUCGAGGCCCAAAGGGUGCCCAAGGCCCUCGGGGACCAGCAGGUUCUCCAGGACUCAAAGGUGAUGGCUAUCCUGGUGUGGCUGGACCUCGAGGAUUGCCAGGACCCCCUGGACCAAUGGGUUUACGUGGAGUGGGAGACACUGGAGCAAAGGGAGAGCCUGGAGUCAGAGGCCCUCCAGGUCCCUCUGGGCCUCGAGGCAUUGGUAUUCAAGGGUCAAAGGGUGAUAUUGGGCAGAAAGGCUUGCCUGGCCCUCCUGGCCCUCCUGGCUAUGGAUCUCAAGGAGUUAAGGGGGAACAAGGACCUCAAGGCUUUCCAGGACCAAAGGGUAUGAUUGGCCAUGGCCUCCCAGGCCAAAAGGGAGAGCAUGGAGAACGAGGUGAUGUGGGAAAGAAAGGUGAUAAAGGAGAAAUUGGAGAGCCGGGAUCUGUAGGAAAACAGGGGUUACCAGGACCAAAAGGGGACCAGGGACUUACAAAAGAAGAAGUUAUCAAACUCAUUAUUGAAAUAUGUGGUUGUGGCCCCAAAUGUAAAGAGACUCCACUAGAGCUAGUAUUUGUAAUUGAUAGCUCAGAAAGCGUGGGGCCAGAAAACUUUCAGAUCAUCAAGAAUUUUGUGAAGACGAUGGCAGACCGGGUUGCUCUAGACCUUGCCACAGCCCGCAUAGGCAUAAUCAACUACAGCCACAAGGUGGAGGAGGUGGCUAACCUGAAGCAGUUCUCCAGCAAGGAUGACUUCAAGCUGGCUGUGGACAAUAUGCAGUACCUGGGAGAAGGCACCUACACAGCCACUGCCCUUCAAGCAGCCAAUGACAUGUUCAAGGAUGCAAGGCCAGGUGUGAAGAAGGUGGCCUUGGUCAUCACCGAUGGGCAGACAGAUUCUCGGGAUAAAAAGAAACUUACAGAGGUGGUGAAGAAUGCCAGUGACACCAAUGUGGAGAUAUUUGUGAUUGGGGUGGUUAAGAAGAAUGAUCCCAACUUUGAAAUAUUCCACCAAGAAAUGAAUCUAAUUGCUACUGACCCAGAGCAUGUUUAUCAAUUUGAUGACUUCUUUACCUUACAAGACACACUGAAGCAAAAAUUGUUUAAAAAAAUUUGUGAGGAUUUUGAUUCCUAUCUUGUUCAAGUGUUUGGUUCAUCGACACUUCAUCCUGGAUUUGGGAUGUCAGGGGAAGAGCUCAAACUAUCUACUCCAGCACCACAAAAAGAAAUUUCUGAGUCAUUCAGUGUCCCUGGAGUCCAGGAUGAAGAAGAGGAGCUUUCAGAGCCGACAUGGGCUGAUGGGCUGGCUACCACUACCUUACCCAGCGCUGUCACAACCCACGAGUCAUUGCUCAACAUCCCUGAAGGUGGGAUAGAGGGUAUGGAAACCAGAACUCCAAGUCCCACUUUGAUUUUACGGGCAGAAAACUUGGUGUACAACGGGAAGAAAGAUCCUAGAUGUCUGGAACCUUUGAAGCCUGGGAACUGUACAGAGUAUGUGUUGCGAUGGUACUAUGACCAACACGUCAACUCUUGUGGCCGCUUUUGGUUCAGUGGCUGUAAUGGCUCAGGAAAUAGAUUCCACACUUUAAAAGAAUGUCAAGAAAUCUGCGUUCAAGGCUGAGCAAGUAAAUUAAUAACUCUCUGUUAAAAGCCUAGCUUGAACCUUGACAAUUUCACUAUAUUCACCCAGUACAAAUAAAACACCAUAUUUCAGUGUGCACAGAGCAUUUACAAUUUAUACAGUAGUUGAACCCUCAAAAACAAAAACAAAAACACCCUAGGAUGUAUGUAUUAUUACU